AUGUCUGCAUCUGCUGCGACGCCGGAGGCUGUGAUCGCGGCUCUGGCGCGCAGCGGCACGUCCGCCGAGGAUUUGGAAAAGGGACGAGACAGGGAGGCCGAGGACGCGGCGGUGUUUCUGAAGAAACCCCUCCCGCUCUCUCAGCACCAUCCUCGCCACCCUCCCCACGUCCUCGCAAACAACGGCGUACCCCACCCCAUCUACCCGGCUCCUCGCCAGAUCGCAUCCAUCCCCGCCCCCGCUUUCCUCGCUGCUCUACCCGGAUUCGGACUCGGGCCCAGACUCACCACACGCCCUGCCACCGAUCCUCGUGCGCUUCCCGCCCAUCAUCGCACACCUCAACACGCACCUCACUGCGUUCAACCGCCUGCGCACGAGGCGCUCCCCCGCGACUUGGGCAUUGCGGAGUCCACGCUGCACCAUGCGGGCGAGGAGCUGCUCGGGCACGUCACGUCAUCAGAUCUUGCCGAGCUUCGGUCGGAACUCUGCGAGACGCAGUCCUCCCUCGCCAGUUACGUCACCAAAGUCCGUGCGCUCGAGAACGUCCUCGCAGAGCACGAAGCCACUAAGACCGAGAUGUCAUCCCUCCGCGAUCUCAUGGAGGAGCGGAAACGGGACAUGGUUACGAAACAGGAGGACGAGCAAGAGGAGCACGACGAGGAAGACUUUGACGACGCCGCAAGCAUAUCCACCAUCAUUCCGCACGAGCUCGAGCGCGUCGAGGAGGAGGACGAGGAAGGUGCCAGCGGCGCGCACGAGGUAGAGGAGACGGAUGAGGACCGUAGGCGACGACGAGAGGAGCUUGGUCGCCCUCGCACGCCGGAACCUGGUAGUCUCGGGAUGCUGUCAGAGGACUCGUCAGCAUCCGGCGAGACUCGCCGACAGUCGAACACGGGUCCCUCGUCGAAGGCCAUCGACGAUCUCAUGGAGCGCCUGAUGGCCCUGUCGACGAAGCUUGAGAGCGCCAUCGAGGUCAACUCGGAGCUCCGGGCUCAGCACGCCAGCGCGCAGACCACCAUCCAGCAACUCGAGAGCAAGGUCGGCAGCCUCGAGGCGCUCGUCAUCAACACUCAAGAACGGGUGCGGGUACAAGAGGAAGAGCGCGAACGUGAGCGCGAGGCAGCUGCCAAGGCUCCCCCUCCCGAACCCGAGCCGAAGGAGGAGAGCGAGCGCGAGUCGCUCACUGCGCCGCUCAUCUCCGAGUGGAAGAAGACUGUUGAAGGCCAGUGGAGCACGGUGCGCGAUGAGUGGACUGCCGAACGCGAUCGCCUGGCCAAGGCCCGUGACGAGUGGGAGGGCAAGAUUAGGACGCUCGAGAGUGGGCUCGAAUCGCGCAUCUCCUCAUCAAUCGCAACCCAGGUUUCGACUCAGCUGCAGAACGGCCAUUUUUCACCCAACGGCGACAUCAAGAUCGGCCUGAACGGGACCCACGGUGGUGGUCUCGUCACUCCCCCUAGUCCGGUCAGCGUCGCGAGCAAUGGUCCACGCGGCAAGGGCCGGAAACGCCGUGGUCAUGCAGGUGGGACCGGAUCGCGCUCGACGUCGCAGUCGCCAGCAAGAUCGCUCUCGCCUGUCUCCCCCAUGGACCUCGGGAACGAGCCGACGCUCAGCAUAAAUGUCGAGGGCUUCGCCGGCAAGAAGGGUCUUCGUCGCGCUCGGUGUCGGUCGAUCGGCGAGAACGAGAACGACGAUAGCGAGGCGGAGAUGGGUAUCGGCCCGAUAGACUCAAACCCGAAGAUGCGGUAUCCGUUCACGCCUGAUCCCAGCAUCGGCGGCGGCUCGUCCUCAUCUGGGUCGGCGGCGCCGAUGGAGAAGGACGAGCUCGAGCUCGAAGACUCGACGACGUCAAGUGCGGUCGUCGAGGCUGGCCGGGAGAGUUACGUCUCCAACGGGCAAAUACGAACGGCGAUGAGUCGUUUCGUCGUCGGCGUCGCGACAGCCGUCAUGCUAUGGCGCGUCAAACCGGACUCGCUUAAUUAG